AUGGUUGACAUUGGCGAUUUUCGCUUUGGCGUUGCGACCGCUUCGCUUGGUAUGGCUGCCUUGCACACCCUCGAGCUAAAAUUUGCGGCCCUUCAAAAAUCUGGCUUUACGUGUUGCGAGCUAGGCUUUGGGGAAUAUGUCGCAUGGGUGCGCCGACGAUGUCCACACCUGCCUCCGUCGACUUGUCCCCCGGAAUGGUGCGAAGGCGACGAGCCGGACCCAAGCGACGGGGAGAUCUGGGAGGCGAUGGAUGCCCAAGCACCGAGGCUCAUUGCUUUGGCGGAAAGUUUUGGUCUGACGAUCAUGGCGCUACAGCCUCUGAAUCAGUUUGACGGUUGGCCUGAGGGCUGUGAAAGGGCGGAAUGGGUUCGGCGGAAAGCGGAGAGGUGGUUGCCUCUGUGCGCACAACUGGGUGUGAAGCUGCUGCAGGUGGGCUCCAACGAUCUUGCCGAGGCGAACGCUCCGGACGAGAAAACCGCGGCCGAUCUACAUUGGCUUGCCGAAUUGGGAGCACGACAAAGCCCCCCCGUCAGGAUUGCGUACGAGUCGUGGUGCUUCUCGAAGCGAGUCAACACUUGGGAGCACACUUGGGAAUUGGUACAAAUGGGGAAUCAUCCGAACUUGGGCCUCUGUCUCGAUGUUGCCCAUUUUCCACUCGCCCCGUCAUACGGGUGGGAUCCCCUCACCGGCGAAGGUUGGACAGAAUCGGAUUACGAAAAAUUGAUCGCAAGGCUCCGGACUGUCCCAGCCGAAAAGAUCUUUUACGUCGAGCUCUCCGACGUUCUCAAGCCGGUCAUACCGUUGGGACAGGGUAGCGAUUUUGACGCAUGGCGAGAAAAGAAUCGACCUUCUAGAGGUGACAACUUUGUCUGGGUAAUAUGCGGACGUCCUGUUCCAUUUGUCGGCAAGAGUGCUGGCAAAAGUGUCAAUUCUAACGACGAUAUGGGUGGGGGGCGGGUCCUUGAAUCCGUUAAGGCCAUACUCAGUACUGGAUUCAAAGGUCUCGUCAUGUUCGAGUUUUUCGAGGCGGUAGUCAUGGAGAGAGAGGACCCAUCGAUCCCCGAAAUUUACGCCGAGGCCUGUGCUACUUCGCAAAGGAUUUUCUCAAAAGCUAUAGAGGGGAUGUAG